CCCAGGAUCCUGCAUUCACUAUAUCUGGUCUCCCACAGACCCUGCAUUCACUAUAUCUGGUCUCCAACAGACCCUGCACUCACUAUAUCUGGUCUCCCACGGUACACAGAACAUGGAAAUGCAAUUAGUUUAGUAAAUAUAAACUGCUAAAUAUCUUUUCUCAUCAGCAGUUAGAGCAGUCUUGUGACUUCUAUCAGUGUCCAGCACAGCACUGGUUAAAAGCGUAUAGGAGGAGUUUUCAUUCUCCUCUAG